AUGAAGGACAGCCAUGCUAGAAAGCAGGGUUUCGAAAAGGAUUUAGCACGAUUGACCAUUCACACUGUUUCGAAGCUCAUCGAGGUAUCACUAGAGUACAAGAUGCCGCUCUGUCUCACCUUCAUCGACUUGAAAAAGGCCUUCGACUCAGUUAAGACGGAAGCGGUCAUGGAAGCCUUGGACCAAGGCGUCCCUACUCAGUACACAAAGGUACUUCGAGAGUUGUACAGUAACUUCACGGCUAGAAUUUAG